GCGGCCGUCUGACCAGUCGCGGGUUGGUCGGCCGCCGCGGCGCACCUCCGACCGCCCCCCUGGCGCCGACGUCGGUAGCGCCCCAGCUGGUCGUCUGUAUCGUCAGCAGCCAUGGUGCCACGCGGAGUGGUGCUGGUGCUCUUUCUGCUCUGCCUCUGGUGCCUGGCCCGGGGCAACAGCGCCGUCUACAGUAAAGUGUUGACACAAGACCUGCAGCGACAUGUCAGCAACGACGAGUUUUUCGUCGUGCUCACCAAGAUCAGGCCGAAGCGGUUCGCCAGGACCCACCCGCAGACGCUGGUGGAGCUGGACGUCACCGGAAGCAGGAACAAGAUGUCCAUCAUCAUCGACAGGAAGAUGCACAAAGUGAUUCUCCAGACAAUGGAGCUGGGUCGGAUCCGCACCCAGCACUGGUCGGUGGACACGGUGCGACUGCACAACGUGAUCCACUCGAUGGUGCUGCGGGUGAACCAGGAGCAGCCGUCUGCGCGCGUGCAGCUCUACGUCAACUGCCACGACCAGGGGGCCAUCCACACGCCGGUCACACUGCGCGAGAUGGUGGCUCAGCCGGAGUCGGGCGCCGCCGCGCUCACCGUGAUGCGCGAGCGGCGGAUGGGUGCCAAAGUGCUGGCCGGCACCUCCAUCAGCAGUAUCCUGCACAAGCACGGCUGUGCCGGCUACGUGCUGCAGUCGACGCAGGCCAGACCGGCGGCCGCCCAGCGGCUGCGAGACCCCUCCGUCCGCGGUGACGACUCGGGCGCCGCCGGUGGCGACAGGGUGCGCCCGCGGCGCCGCUCGGUGCCCUACUGCGCCCCGUCCGGCUACAUGUGCCCCCAAUUCUCCCAGCCCCUGAACCUGGUGGACAGAGGUGACCAGCCACUGAACGACUACAGCGACCGCGACGCGCAGCUCAUCAAAACUCUGGGUGCCCUGAUCGAGUCGAUCAAGGAGCUGCGUACAGAGAUGAGCGCGCAGCGCGCAGAGACGGUGCGCAUCCGGCAGGCGAUCGAGAACUGCGACGCCUGUCGACCAGGCCGGGAGACGUGCAACCCCAACCCGUGCUUCGAGGGCGUGCAGUGUGUCGAGGAGCGGGACGGCGUCAGAUGCGGCCAGUGUCCUCGGGGCUACAUAGGCGACGGCCGCACCUGUCGCCGAGGGACCACCUGCGACGACCAGCCCUGCUUCAGAGGUGUGCAGUGCCAGAACACGGCCAGCCCGCCCUACUACCGCUGCGGCAGCUGCCCCGAGGGCUACGAGGGUAAUGGAGUCGAGUGCCGCGACAUUGACGAGUGUGCCCAGGCGCGGCCGUGCGACCGGCGCGUCCAGUGCCAAAACUACGACGGCGGAUUCCGGUGCGGACCGUGCCCGGCUGGCUUCACGGGCAGUCCCGGACUGCAGGGUUCUGGACUGGAGUACGCGCGCUACAGCAAGCAGACCUGCUACGACAUCAACGAGUGUGAGGAGAACCGGUGCGUGGCCAACUCGGAGUGUAUCAACACCGAGGGCUCCUUCUACUGCGGCGAGUGCAUCGAGGGUUUCGUGGGUAACCAGACGGUGGGCUGUCGUGACCGGCCCGGGCUGUGUCCGGACGGCACGCAGUGUGACGGUAACGCCAACUGCGAACGGCCGUACGGCUCCAGCAGCUACAUCUGUCGGUGUAAGAUCGGCUGGGCAGGCAACGGCAAGCUGUGCGCUCCCGACACCGACCUGGAUCGGUUCCCCGACUACGACCUGUCCUGCACUGAUAAGUAUUGCAUCAAGGAUAACUGCGUGCUGACGCCCAACUCUGGCCAAGAGGACGCCGAUGGGGACAAGAUCGGAGACGCCUGUGAUCCGGACGCAGAUGGUGAUAACGUCUACAACGAGCCGCCCAACCCCAACAAUCCAAAUGGAUGGGACAACUGUCCGCUGGUCAGUAACGCCGACCAGGCGGACACGGACCGCGGCGGCCCGGACCGGCAGGGUGAUGUGUGCGACAACUGCCCCACCAUCCCCAACUUCGACCAGGAGGACACCGACAACGACGGCAAGGGCGACGUCUGCGACGAGGACAUCGACGACGACGGUAUUCUGAACGAGAACGACAACUGUCCGAAGAAUCCGAACCCGGACCAGCGCGACCGGGACAGUGACGGUCUGGGCGACGAUUGCGACAACUGUCCGACCGUUUCCAACCCGGACCAGAGGGACGAGGACCGCGACCUGGUCGGAGACGCCUGCGAUACCGACGACGACGUCGACAGGGACGGCAUCCAAAACAACCGUGACAACUGCCCGGAGAUUCCGAACGCCGACCAAGUGGACACAGACCGCGACGGGCGCGGAGAUGUCUGUGACGACGACGACGACAACGACGGCAUCAUCGACAGCCGAGACAACUGUCCACUGCGGCCCAACCCGGACCAGGCCGACCGCGACCGGGACGGCCGAGGGGAUAUCUGCGACAAGGACACCGACGGAGAUAACGUCAUCGAUAAAUACGACAACUGUCCCAACAACUCGCAGAUCUACGCCACCGACUUCAGGUCGUACCAGACGGUGGUGCUGGAUCCUUUCGGCGAGUCCCAGAAGGACCCCAACUGGGUGAUCUACAACCAGGGAGCCGAGAUCGUGCAGACCAUGAACAGCGACCCGGGACUGGCUGUCGGGUUCAACACGUUUGCUGGAGUCGACUUCGAGGGCACAUUCUUCAUUGACACAACCGUUGACGACGAUUACGUAGGAUUCGUGUUCAGUUACCAGGACAACAAGAAGUUCUACACGGUGAUGUGGAAGAAGAGCACACAGACGUACUGGCUCCCGACUCCGUUCCGCGCCGUGGCCGAGCCGGGCAUACAGCUGAAGGUGGUCAACUCCAGCACGGGGCCCGGCCAGAUGAUGCGCAACGCCCUCUGGCACACGGGAGACACGUUUGACCAGGUUCGGCUGCUCUGGAAGGACCCCCGGAACGUGGGCUGGAAGGAGAAGACGGCCUACCGCUGGCUGCUGCUGCACCGGCCACAGAUCGGGCUCAUCCGGCUCAGGAUUUACGAGGGCGAGUAUCUGGUGGCCGACUCCGGUAACAUCUACGACAGCACGCUCAAGGGAGGCCGGAUCGGCGUGUUCUGCUUCUCACAGGAGAUGAUCAUCUGGUCCGACCUGGUCUACCGGUGUAACGAUGACGUGCCUGAGGAGGUGUACGAGCGUCUGCCACCGAACCUGCAGUCGCAGGUCAACAUUGACAGAACCAAGGCUGCGCGACCCGGCGGAGGUCUUCGCGGCCAGCCGACCGUCAACAACUGAGCUGGCUAGCUGACGGCUGGGGAACAGUCUGGGGCGACACCUAUGUAGCUGUGCCAAGAGUCUUCAAACUCACUUUUGAGAGCGGCGCUACUGUCGCAACAGCGUCCGAAGGUUAGGUCCGCAACAAGUCGGUGAUUUUACCAUGGCAGUUCACUGCAUUGCUUUGCUUUUGCAAGUCGCGGUUGUGUAUCUGGUGCUGGACCAAUGAACGUGUGAGAUUAGGGUGAGAUUGGCAUGGUGUGUAGUGCGCUCUGGAUAGAGAUAAGCGAGCCUGCUUCGACCUUAUACACCGCUCUAGCCCAUUCCGAGACACCGUUUGUGCCAUAUUGUCAGCUUCAGUUUUACAGCGCCAGAAAUAAUGUGCAUAUUGUUAGUUGAGCGGUUGCUAACGGAAGAAUCUAAGAAGCUAAUCGAGGUCGCCUUGGUUUUUAGAGUAGUGAAGAUGAAUGAGUGAGCGCAAGUUGUAGUUAUUUUUAAUAUUUUUUUAAUUUAGGUAUGUAACGAGAUUCCAAACUCGUGUCUUGCACUAUUUCCUGCGUGUAUCAGUACAGCAUAUAUGUAAACGCUCUUAAACUACCGAAGGGUACACAUUACACACACAAGCUUCUUGUCCCGUCUCUACAAUGAACAGUACGUGCAUGUAUCGCCUUUACAUGAACGGUUAAAAUUAAGUUAAUGUUUAGGAUCUUGGAGCUCCUGCUUUAUGUUACUUGCGGAAUUUGUUGUGGGUUUCUACUAUGGUCAUCCAGGAGAUGUGAGAGCACCUGAUGCCUUUUUUUGUAAUUUGCCUCAAUGCAAUCGUAACGCUGCAUUCAAACCUGUUGGGCGUGAGGGUAUGUCUAGGCCGAAAUGGUCUAAACCCCAUCACCAAUUCGGUCAAUUGGUCAGAGUAGAUGGGAAUGCAAGUGUUUUGAUGUAACAUGACUAAUAUUUUUUGCAUUUCAUUGGAAAUAUAUUCAUAAAAUACU